UCCGCAGUCGCCUGUCGGAAAUGGCUGCUGGCCGGCAGGGGGAGCGGGGGAUCCGGCGCGGCCUGGAAGGCGGGCGGCCGGCGGCCGGAGCGGCUUCUGGGACGCCGAGUUUCGCGCAGGCGGCGGCUCGUCUCUGAACUGGAAGCCGGGUCUCUCUCUGUUGCCUGGACUGGAGCACAGUCAGUAGUGCAGUCGUAGCUCACUGCAGCCUCAAACUCCUGGUCUCGAGCGUCCUUCUGCCUCGGCCUCCUCAGUGGUUGAGACUAUAGGAGAGCAAGCCCCGGAGUUCACUAUUUCAAGAAAUCGUGUGCUGAAGUGUGACGCUCCGUAAGUCACAGAAAAGAAGGAUCCUGAAACGUGGCGAGGAAGGAGGAGUCAUCUGGAUGGCCUUGAUUAUGUUUUUAUUCUUUGACUCCAUUGUUUCUUUAUGAUUUGAUCUGAGUGCAGAGAAUGUUGUUUUGGAAGCAACAAGAGAUUCAAACAUCUGAGCCAAAAGGAUAAUGCAAAUGCUUUGGAAAUACUGACCUACAUUCUUUGGAGUACUUGGUCAGCUGUUAACUAUCCAAGUUUAGAUUAUCCAAACACUUAAACCUUUUAGUAACAGUGUCAUCAACUGUUUGUUUUUACUUAAAGGGAGAGAAGGCUCUGCCAAGCCUUUGAUAGUUAUACAUCUUUAAUAAAGGUAGACUCUAGGUAGAGUGGCCGUGCCUCUGUGAAGUACCACUUGUUCUGUACCCUUGUAGCAGUGCCCUGUUGUUUGUUUACGUCUUAUCUCUUAGGCUAAAGGAAGUUCCAUGAGGUCAAGGAUUAUUAUACAUUCUAGAUUAUCCCACAGUUGUACUUAGCAUGUCUUAGACAUGUUAAAAGUAUGAUGAAUAUUUUUUGGAAGAAAUGAAUGAAAGAGAUAGGGAAUAUUCUUUGGCAGAGAAUAUUAUGAAUUCUUCUACAUGUGUUAAAUUUGAAGGAAAACAAGGGGAAAGUUUCCGUAGCCUGUGACAGUGAAGUUCAGUAAGAGAACAGGGCUGGGAAUGUUUCAGAAUUGAUUAGCCUAAAGUACCCUCACAUCUUCCAUGCUUUAUUUUCAUAGCUAGCAACAUAAUAUAUUGUUAUCUCUGUGCACUUAUCUCCAUUUUAGAAGCUUAGGAAACUGAGGUCUGAUAGCAAGUCUGUCCCCCAAAGGAUGAGGAAUAAUGCCUCUCACUUCUAAGUAUAGUGUUCUUUCUAAAAGACCAAGUUGCUAUUUAUAUUUUAAGAAAGAGCACAUGAUGUCUGCUAAUGGAAGAUAAAUGAGGAGCAAACUGGGAAGUACAUUUUGUCCCUGGAUUACUGCAUCUACUACUGGGCCUGAGUGUUGACAAUGACAUCGAUAAGAGGCUGGCAUUUCUUGCUGUUCUAACCAGCCACUGUGUAACUGUGAAUAGGAACUAUGCAUAUUUGUUGGUCAGCAAAACCAAGGAACAAGCGCUAUGGCAGUUGAAAAAGUCUGUCUGAUUUCAGGGUAUUUUUCCUGCGUUUUGUCAUCAGGAAACUCCCCCCUUUCAUCUCGGCCACAAUGUGGUACCUUUUACCGUUUGAUAAAGAUUAAGGACAUGUUUUUUGGUCAACAACCAGAACUUAAAAUCUGCUGGAAUAGGAUCAGAUACCAUUUCGGUCGCAGCUGAGGAAAAUGAAAUUUCCGUUUUAUCUGGUGCCUUGUACCGGGAGCACGUCGACUCUUCUGGAAACGAAUGUGUGAAUGAAACGAGGUUGAGUUUUGUCUUAUAGAAGCCCAUGGUUAUGGCGAGGGAGCCGACGUGACCAGAGGGCAGAGCCACGGCACUCAUGACGGGCUACACCAUGCUGCGGAACGGGGGGGUGGGGAACGGAGGGCAGACCUGCAUGCUGCGGUGGUCCAACCGCAUCCGCCUCACCUGGCUCAGCUUCACCCUCUUCGUCAUCCUGGUGUUCUUCCCCCUCAUCGCCCACUACUAUCUCACCACUCUGGAUGAGGCCGAUGAGGCCGGCAAGCGGAUUUUCGGCCCGCGGGCCGGUAACGAGCUCUGCGAGGUAAAGCAUGUGCUGGAUCUGUGCCGCAUUCGCGAGUCAGUGAGCGAAGAGCUCCUACAGCUGGAAGCCAAGCGGCAGGAGCUGAACAGUGAAAUUGCCAAGCUGAACCUGAAGAUCGAAGCCUGCAAGAAGAGCAUUGAGAAUGCCAAGCAGGACCUGCUGCAGCUCAAGAACGUCAUUAGCCAGACCGAGCACUCUUACAAAGAGCUGAUGGCCCAAAACCAGCCCAAACUUUCUCUGCCCAUCCGACUGCUCCCGGAGAAGGAUGACGCCGGCCUCCCUCCCCCAAAGGUCAUCCGGGGUUGCCGGCUGCACAACUGUUUCGAUUAUUCUCGUUGCCCUCUCACCUCUGGUUUUCCGGUCUAUGUUUAUGACAGUGACCAGUUUGCCCUCGGCAGCUACCUGGAUCCCUUGGUCAAGCAGGCGUUCCAGGCUACGGCGCGAGCCAACGUUUAUGUUACAGAAAAUGCAGACAUUGCCUGCCUGUAUGUGAUACUAGUGGGAGAAAUGCAGGAACCAGUCGUGCUGCGGCCUGCUGACCUGGAGAAGCAGUUGUAUUCUCUGCCGCACUGGCGGAGAGACGGACACAACCAUGUCAUCAUCAGUCUGUCGCGGAAGUCACACACACAGAACUUGCUCUAUAACGUCAGUACGGGCCGCGCCAUGGUGGUCCAGUCCACCUUCUAUGCUGCCCAGUACAGACCCGGCUUUGACCUGGUCGUAUCGCCACUAGUCCAUGCCAUGUCCGAACCCAACUUCAUGGAAAUCCCACCGCAGGUGCCAGUGAAGCGGAAAUAUCUCUUCACCUUCCAGGGUGAGAAGAUCGAGUCCCUGCGAUCCAGCCUUCAGGAGGCCCGCUCCUUCGAAGAAGAAAUGGAGGGCGACCCUCCAGCUGACUACGACGACCGGAUCAUCGCCACCCUGAAGGCCGUGCAGGACAGCAAACUAGAUCAGGUCCUGGUGGAGUUCACCUGCAAGAACCAGCCUAACCCCAGCCUGCCUACGGAGUGGGCGCUGUGUGGGGAGCGGGAGGACCGCCUGGAGCUCCUGAAGCUUUCCACCUUUGCCCUCAUCAUCACCCCCGGGGACCCUCACUUGGUUAUCUCAGCUGGCUGUGCCACACGGCUCUUUGAAGCCCUGGAGGCCGGUGCUGUCCCCGUGGUGCUGGGGGAGCAAGUGCAGCUUCCGUACCAGGACGUGCUGCAGUGGAGCGAGGCGGCCCUGGUGGUGCCCAAGCCCCGUGUGACCGAGGUUCAUUUCCUGUUACGGAGUCUCUCCGAUAGCGACCUCCUGGCUAUGAGGCGGCAAGGCCGCUUUCUCUGGGAGACUUACUUCUCCACUGCUGACAGUAUUUUUAAUACCGUGCUGGCUAUGAUUAGGACUCGCAUUCAGAUCCCAGCUGCCCCCAUCCGGGAAGAGGCAGCAGCUGAGAUCCCCCAUCGGUCGGGCAAGGCGGCGGGGACCGACCCCAACAUGGCCGACAACGGGGACCUGGACCUGGGGCCGGUGGAAACAGAGCCACCUUACGCCUCACCCAAAUACCUCCGCAACUUCACCCUGACCGUCACUGACUUCUACCGCAGCUGGAACUCUGCCCCAGGCCCUUUCCAUCUUUUCCCCCACACACCCUUUGACCCUGUGUUGCCCUCAGAGGCCAAAUUUUUGGGCUCAGGGACCGGAUUUCGGCCUAUUGGUGGUGGCGCUGGGGGUUCUGGCAAGGAGUUCCAGGCAGCCCUCGGAGGCAACGUUCCACGGGAGCAGUUCACGGUGGUGAUGCUGACCUACGAGCGGGAGGAAGUGCUCAUGAACUCCUUGGAGAGGCUGAAUGGCCUCCCUUACCUGAACAAGGUGGUGGUGGUGUGGAAUUCGCCCAAGCUGCCAUCAGAGGACCUUCUGUGGCCUGACAUUGGUGUCCCCAUCAUGGUGGUUCGUACUGAGAAGAACAGUUUGAACAAUCGAUUCUUGCCCUGGAAUGAAAUCGAGACCGAGGCCGUGCUGUCGAUCGAUGACGACGCCCACCUCCGCCACGAUGAAAUCAUGUUUGGCUUUCGGGUGUGGAGAGAAGCCCGGGACCGCAUUGUGGGCUUCCCUGGCCGGUACCACGCGUGGGACAUCCCGCAUCAGUCCUGGCUCUACAACUCCAACUACUCCUGUGAGCUGUCCAUGGUGCUGACAGGCGCUGCCUUCUUCCACAAGUAUUACGCCUACCUGUAUUCCUACGUGAUGCCCCAGGCCAUCCGAGAUAUGGUGGACGAGUACAUCAACUGUGAGGACAUCGCCAUGAACUUCCUCGUCUCCCACAUCACUCGGAAACCCCCCAUCAAGGUGACUUCGCGGUGGACUUUCCGAUGCCCGGGAUGCCCUCAGGCCCUGUCACACGACGACUCCCACUUCCACGAGCGGCACAAGUGCAUCAACUUCUUUGUCAAGGUGUACGGCUACAUGCCCCUCCUGUACACCCAGUUCAGGGUGGACUCUGUGCUGUUCAAGACCCGCCUGCCCCACGACAAGACCAAGUGCUUCAAGUUCAUCUAGGGCAUUGCAGGUGUUGGGGAGAGGAUGGGCAGAGUGAGGGAGAUGGCUCUUAGGGCUCCUAGGCAUUGAAGGACCUUGGGGACAUCACUGGGUGGGUGGCCCAGACCCUCUGCCGGGAGAGGCAGCAGGAAGAGGGGGAAGGAGACAGCUGCCUUUAUCUUGAAGUCGGCCACACUGGGCCUGGAACCCUGGUCCGAAGACCCUGGGGUUCCCUGCAGGGCACUGACUGAUAGCUUACACUGAGCAGCAUGGGGACUCCGUGGAGUCUCUCACGUAGUUCACAGCCCAGGACAGCUGGUUUGUGGUUUUUAAAUUCAGUAACAACUAUUAUUAUUAUCUAAAAAGAGAAAGUUUCAGAUUUGCCAUUCGAGGCUUGCUUAUAUGUAUGUGUGUAUAUAUACAUGUAUGUGUGUGUAUAUGUGCACACACACUCACAUACAUAUGCAUAUAUCUAUUUUUGGUGGGAAGAGUUGAAAUGUUCGCCUAAGUGAGGGGAUCCGUCAGGCUCCUGUGCUCCGUAUGUGGGUGGAGGUGGGUCCCGGCCUCUUGCUACCUGGCUUAUCCUUGAAGAUCAUCUCCCGUCCUCCCAGGGCAUCCGUGCAGAAACGAGGGAGGGACUUGGCCGUCCUGUGGGCCCGUUCCCUUCCCCUUUCUGUCGCAGGUCCGUGUUCUAACGCGCGUUCCCCUCGCACAGGAAUCCUUGGGGAGGGCCAUGGCGCGCGGCUGCGCUUCCUCCCGCUGGGUGCAGUGGUUGCUGAGGACUCAUCCAGGCUUGUCCUGGGACCUGCCCCUGUCCUCCCACUCUCUCCCUCACCCAGGGAGUAGGGGGCCCGGACCAGUGGCUCUCUUUGCCCUCUUGUUAAAAAAGAUGCUGUGCUUUGGGGCGUCAGGCUUUUCUGAAGUGCUGUCUCUCGGAGAAAAGCACAGCAAACCGUGCAGGCUGCACGCCGGGUGUGGGCUGAAGCGGUUUGCGGGUCGGCCUGCUCUUGCCGGCGUAGAAAAGCGAGCGUCCUUCGAGGACCCCACCCGGCGGGCCGGGAGGUCUCACAGCAAGGCACCUGCCUUGGGAUAGAUACCUGGGUGAAAUUCACCUUGCCUCCGCCUUUGUCUGGGCCUCCCUCCUGUGUUACCUGUGGUUUGGACCCCUGAUGCCAGGUUGGCUCUAGGACCCCCUGAGGUUUAGUAUGUGCUAGAACACUGGGAGGCUGUGAUUUGCUGUGUAAGCUCAAAUCCGGCCUUGGAAUUUAUCCAUCCACACCCCACAUUUACCACUUACCACUCCCAGUCCAAACUUCUGUUCCUUGGGCUGAAACUGAAAUAAGCUAAUUUUUUUGGUCAUGGUGACAGGAGGGGAACCGAAGAGGGUGUUAGUGGCGUUUGUCAGGGAUUUAGCCCAUGACUUCUAUUUUUCUGAACUCCACUUUCUCAAAGUGGAGUUGACUACAGAAGGUUUCUAGCAACCGAACAAAAGCUCAGGUCUGUCCCGGUCAUGCACAUGCCUUAAGCCAGUUUUGUCUUCCCUAGACCUUGACAUCCUGUGCUUCUAUUUCUUGGGGUACAUUCUCCUCUGACCUGCCCGUCCCUAAUGGGUUCUCUUCAAGUAUUACUUUGACGCCAGGCUCUUCUCUGUAGAUCCCCCCAGCGGGAGGGCUGGCUUGGCUCGCGGGAACUCUCCUCGCUGGCGAACGGGCCCAGGGCUGCUCCAGGACUGUGUCUGGAGGUCCCACUGCGUCAUCUCGCAGCUCUUCCCACACUGGGGCUGCCCCUGGGAAACGAGGCUGUGCUCAGCAGCCCAGCGAGGGGUCCAGCCUGCCCGGCAUCCGCACUUCCUAAUUGCUCUUUCCUUUCCUUCUGACUCCAUUCUUUUUAGCAGGAGCCUCUUCCCUUGGGGGAGCCAAAGAGCGUGGUGUUUUGCGCUAUAUAUGUGGCUGCUAUUUUAUCUUGUUUCUUUUAAUGUGAGGAACUCACAAACUGACUUUGAGUGGGACCGGAGAGCAAAGGGCAGUCUGUGGCAGGACCCCCUUUCGUGGCACCAGAGUGCGGGGUCCCUGACUGUUGCCGGUAGCUCCAUGCGUAGCUGAGCGGGCAGAAAUUACGGAUGACAACAGAAUGCGCCAGAGGGAGGGCUACGGUGUCAGAGCUGCAGAUGAGGACAGCACUCGUCGGCCCCGAAAGGAACACUAACCUGACUGCAGACAGGCCCCCGCAGACACUGGGCGUGUCCCCCCGGGCACGCGGGUGGACGUGGCGUGUUGCGGUCAGGCCCUGAGGCGCGGCGCUGCGGGGUGGGCGAGGGAGGGGCCCAGUGCCCGCCCUUGGUGUCGCUCACCGUGGCAGAGCGCCCACCCGACUCACCCGGAACGGGACAGCGGCCCUGCAGACCCUGGGCUCCCCGUGGCUGUCCAUAGGUAGCACCUGGUUCCCUAGUGGUGGCUCCCGGGGCCCGCUGUGGCCUUGUUUUCCAGUUUGCCGUUCGCCGCGAGGGUCGCCCGCCCACGCGGUGGCUCGCAGGGCGCAGCUCGGGCCGGGCCGAGCCUCUGCUCGCCGGGCGGUGGUUGUGGGUCAGGCCUGGACGGCACCACGGGCCAGGGCUCCCUGGUCACAGGGUCCCAUCCGCGACGACAGCAGCUGCCUGGGUGUGCACAGGGAGCCCCCGCUGGGAACGGGGGCGCUCUGAUGCCCACGCCGUGCCCAUCCACCCCCUUUUCCAGUCAUCAGCACAAUGGUCUUACGUUGGAUUUUUGUAAAAAAAAUAAAAUAAAUGGAAACUUUAACUCAA